AUGGCCAUGGUGCAGGCUGAGGUUCAUCGGGGGGCUUGUGCCGGGCCUUCCCGCCUACUUCAACUCGGAGUGGAGCUACGCGCAGGGAUCGAGGCGCGGUCCGUGUGCGCGUUCGGGAGGGAGCCCCGCACAAUCGUCCUCAUCAGCGAGGACGGCUCCUUCCUGACGGCGAGGUUCUCGGAGCCCGGAGAGUGCGAGCGAAUCAGCUACGCCCGAUUCCUCCGCGGUGCCGGCGCCGGCAGCGAUGACGAGGGGGACGAGGAGAUCACCAGGGCUAACGGGGAGGGCGGAGGGGGGGGAGGGGGAGCGGGGGGUGGGUUGUUGAGUACGCUGGGACAGCCGGCUUCGUCGCAGAGGCCCACGUCGGUGACCCGCAGGCCAAGCGAGCCAAACGGACCGCCGCAUCAGCAACAGGACCGCCAACCACAAGCUCCUGCCCCCCCCGCAGCGGCGGCGACCGCGACCACCACGCACGUGUUCUCGUCUACCCCGACCGCCGAACCCCAACAGCGUCCGGCGGCGGCCGCCCCGCCGGCCCAGCAAGAACAACGGGGGGAAGGGAUUGGUUUCCUGCCGUCGCCGCCGGCGUCUGCGAUCUCUGACCCGCCUACGGGGACGGCCUACAAGCAGCAAGCUUUCGGGGUGAAUCCGAGCCCUCCGUUUUCGGCGGCGCCGGGGGGCGGCAUGAACGAAGAUGCCGGUGCUGGCGGGGUGAUGGACGGCGGAGUUGGUAGAGAGGCGGGGGGGGGGGUGGGCGGCCUGAAGCCGCCAGUACCAGAGCAGGAGUUUCAUGACGGUGACUCCGACGUGCAGGCAUCGGCCGGAGGUGAGGCGAGCGAGAUCGACGGUCUCUCAGAAGCGGUGUCGCGUACAGCCUUGUGA